UCUGGUUGGAGCAUCGGUGGCGUACACGUCGAUCUGCGCUCUCAGCUACCACACCCGGGCAACACCUAUUUCAAUUGUACAAUUAGUUUAAUCACGUUUACUUUGAGUUAAACUUGUGAUUAUAUCUGCGUACUACAGAAGGAGACCGGCUGCUGUGCUUAAGAUCAAUAUAUACAACUGCUGAUCAUUUAUUUUGACGUUUGAAAGCCACUUUCUUCAUCAACAUGCGGGAGUGUAUCAGUGUCCACAUCGGCCAGGCCGGUGUCCAGAUGGGCAACGCUUGCUGGGAGCUGUACUGCCUGGAACACGGCAUCCAGCCCGACGGCCACUUGUCUGAAGAUGCUCCUCACGAGGAGAACAUGUACACCACCUUCUUCCAGGAGACCGGACGAGGCAAAUAUGUUCCCAGAGCCAUAUACGUCGACCUGGAGCCCACCGUAGUAGACGUGGUACGCACUGGACCUUACCGUCAACUCUUCCACCCGGAGCAGCUCAUCAAUGGGAAAGAGGACGCUGCCAACAACUAUGCCCGGGGCCACUACACCAUUGGCAAGGAGCAAGUUGACCUUGUACUUGACAAAAUGCGGAAGAUGGCAGAUGCCUGCUCUGGUCUCCAGGGCUUCCUUGUGUUCCACUCCUUCGGUGGAGGUACUGGAUCAGGAUUCACCUCCCUCCUCAUGGAAAGACUCUCGGUGGACUAUGGAAAGAAGAGCAAACUUCAGUUUACUGUCUAUCCUGCCCCCCAGAUUUGCACAGCAGUGGUUGAACCUUAUAAUUCCAUCUUGACAACACACACUACUCUGGAGCAUUCUGACUGUGCCUUCAUGGUUGACAAUGAGGCCAUCUAUGACAUCUGCCGCAGAAACCUGGGCAUCGAGCGCCCCUCAUAUGAGAACCUCAACCGUUUGAUCGGCCAGAUUGUGUCUUCCAUAACUGCCUCUCUCAGAUUCGACGGUGCUCUUAACGUCGACUUGACAGAGUUCCAGACCAACUUGGUGCCCUACCCUCGCAUCCACUUCCCCUUGGUCACUUACGCUCCCGUCCUCAGUGUCGAGAAGGCCUACCAUGAACAACUGUCUGUUGCGGAGAUUACAAAUGCUUGCUUUGAGCCCAACAACCAGAUGGUCAAGUGUGACCCCAGGCGAGGAAAGUACAUGGCCUGCUGUCUACUGUAUCGUGGAGAUGUAGUACCCAAAGACGUCAACUCUGCUAUCGCUGCCAUAAAGACUAAGCGACAGAUUCAGUUUGUUGACUGGUGUCCAACAGGAUUCAAGGUUGGUAUUAACUACCAGGCCCCCACAGUGAUCCCCAAUGGAGACAUGGCCCCAACCCAGCGAGCGGUGUGUAUGAUCUCCAACACAACAGCCAUAGCCGAAGCCUGGGCCAGACUGAACCAUAAGUUUGAUCUUAUGUACUCCAAGCGAGCCUUUGUUCACUGGUAUGUUGGGGAGGGCAUGGAAGAAGGAGAGUUUGCUGAGGCUCGUGAAGACUUGGCAGCGCUGGAGCACGACUAUGAAGAGGUAGCCCAGGACUCAAACCAGGAUGAGGAAGAUAACGAGUAUUAGCAAGACAUGGGGACCAUAGAGAUAAUAUGAUAAGAAGAGGGAAUACAAAGAUAAUGCAGUAACCAACCAGAGGAAAUAAAAAGGUAAUACAGUAACCAGAGGGAAUACAGAGAUUCUGUACUGUAAUACAGUAACCAGCGGAAAUGUAGAGAUAUUGUAUUACGUUAAUCAGAGGGAGUACAAAGAUAAUAUGGGCACCAGAGAGAAUACAAAGAUAAUAAAGUAACCAGAUGGAAUACAACAAUAAUAAACUUUCAAGAGAGACUACAAAGAUAAUAUAAUAACAGGAUGGAAUAUGAAGAUAAUUCAGUAACCAGACAGAAUACAAUGAUAACAUAGUAACUAGUGGGAAUAUGGAACAAAGUUGAUCUGAAAUAAUGAACUAGAGUUGCCCAGUAUAAAGUCUUAGCAAUAUAAGUAAAUAUUACAAACACAAGAAAAACAGUAGGAAGAAACCCAAAUAAAAACUGUUAUAUAAAAUAGAAGCCACAGUCUGCUGGCUCUGAGACUGAAGGAGGAACAGCAACAGUCAAAAUGUGUGUAAGAAACGAAAGCAAAGUGAAAGAAUUGCUUUCAGUCCCUACAUUAAGUUAAUGAUUAAUUCACUAACUGAAAUAUUAGGGCCACGAAAGUUACAGCUUGAACACUGACUGUUGAGGGCACCCAGUUGGGAAGUCACAGGGUAAUUCUCUAGCUUUAGCCAAAGAAAUCUUUACUUCUACUUUUAUUAUUAUUAUAAAUGCCUGAGAUACAGAAGGAAAUCACAAGAAUAUGAUGUAUAUGAGAAAAUACUAAGGCCAUACGAUGAGAUUCAUUCCCAUUGUAUAGCCUCAAUAUUUUCUUGAUGCUUGAGAUCUUUCAUUACCAUAUUCUUAAACCUCACUUGAGUAACAGUGUUGAAUCUCACUAGAGAUGUGACCAAUCAGGUGUCAACCACUGACACCCACUCAAGUUUGGGUAUUAAGAAACUGGUAAGAUCACCCCCCAAAGAGUUGGAAAGACACACAGCUGAGGACCACCACAAUGUAUUAGCUUGCUGGUUUAAGCUUACUAAGAUGAAAAUGGUAACAUAGUAUUAAGCUUAUCUUCCAGAAUAUAUAAGGUAUUAGGUAUGGCAAGAGAGUGAAGUUCUUGACUGUUUUGAUAACUUUUGGCAAAGAUAAUGAUACAAGUUUCCAUCAUUUGUUUGGCUGGCAAACUUUUCACUUGGACAACGGUUAUUAAAAACACAUUAUCAUUGCUUUAGGUUUUUGUCUUGAGGUACGACUUGCCUAACAUAAAUAAAGAGUAUACUGUAUGUUGCAAGAUUACUUCAUGAAACUUGUGAUACCUUGAUAGUACUUGGUACAGUAUCUCCAAGUAAAGUACAACCCAGAAAGUCAUUAGGGAGUCAAAUAGUCUAAAACUCAUCUCUUCUGCCAUGCCUCCAACUUAGGAUCAUGACAAUUAAAUGCUCAAUUAAGUGAAAUGUUCACUUUAAUUGCUUUUAAUAUGACAAGCAAGUGCAUUUAUCAAUUUUAUAUAAAAGCCACUUAAAAGAGGCUGGCAUUUAUUUAAAUUAAUUGUUGAUAAAACCUAGUUUAGUAUUAUUGAUGCUUUUAAUAUAUAAAAUAUACCUGAAAUCAGUUCCUUUUAUUGCACAAAACUAAUAAUUCACACUGUGUCUUAUUUACUGUAUACGUGCAGAUAUAAAAAUGAUGACAACAUUUCUCAAGCCCCAGAUGUUUAUGGUAAGGAAUGUUUUCUAUUCAUUUUGUACAUUUCUUCAAUAAAUUUAUAUGAAUUAAC